UGACAAAUUGAUGCUUCGACCACGACAUCCGCCAUCCACAUACACACCUGCGCUCUAACCCACUGACAGGGUACCUCAUCCUUCGCUCUGUCUGAUACUUCGACCUCCUAUCCUCCCAUCUACCAAUAUACAUCGCCAUCAGUGGUACGCCGUCCUUUUGUUGGCACACUCCCUCACCCCACUUUCCUGCGGACUGCCUGCGACGACCCCUUCCCCCCGACCUCAAGACCACGAAUUCCUGUCAAGCCACGGCGAUUAGAAGCCAAAGCCUGACUCCUCCGUUCUUCGUUCAACAUGGCUAUGCAACUGGAUUUGUCGCAGGCCCAAUUUGUUAAGGAUGAAUCGGGUCGACCUUUCAUCGUUGUGCGGGAUCAAGCCAACAAAAAGAGGACCCAUGGUACGGAGGCUGUCAAACAACACAUUGUAUCGGCUCGCACUGUCGCAAAUAUUGUCCGAACCUCAUUAGGCCCCCGCGGUCUCGACAAGAUCCUCAUUUCCCCUGACGGAGAUAUCCAGAUCUCCAACGAUGGCCGCACAAUCAUGUCGGAAAUGGAAUUGUCCAAUCCCAUCGCGAAGCUCAUGGUUGAACUAUCCAAGUCUCAAGAUGAUGAAAUUGGUGAUGGUACAACCGGAGUCGUCGUCUUAGCUGCCGCCUUGCUGGACCAAGCGGCUGAUCUCAUCGACAAAGGCAUCCAUCCCAUUCGAAUUGCUGAUGGCUAUGAUCAGGCUUGCGAAAUCGCCGUAAAACAUCUGAACUCGAUCAGUGACGACAUCCCCUUUAGCCGUGACGAGCACGAAAAUCUCAUCAAGGUUGCAAAGACCAGUCUCGGCAGUAAGAUUGUGAGCAAAGCACAUGAUCAUUUUGCCCGAAUCGCCGUCGAUGCCGUCAUGUCGGUCGCUGAUCUCGAGCGAAAGGACGUCGAUUUUGAGUUGAUCAAGGUCGAUGGAAAGGCUGGUGGCUCAAUCGACGACUCUCUGCUAGUUAAAGGUGUUAUCGUCGAUAAAGACUUCUCUCAUCCACAGAUGCCGAGCGAGGUUCGCGACGCGAAGCUUGCUAUUUUGACUUGUGCAUUUGAGCCGCCCAAGCCAAAGACUAAACACAAGCUCGACAUCUCCUCGGUCGAAGAAUUCAAAAAACUCCAACAGUACGAGAAGACCAAGUUUAUUGAAAUGAUUGAUCUCAUCAAAGACACGGGCGCCAAUGUUGUCAUCUGUCAGUGGGGUUUCGACGAUGAAGCCAACCAUCUUCUUCUACAGAACAAACUUCCUGCUGUGCGCUGGGUAGGCGGUCCUGAAAUCGAGCUGAUCGCCAUUGCCACGAAUGGACGCAUCGUACCUCGUUUUGAAGACCUCACCGCUGACAAAUUGGGACGGGCUGGAGUGGUUAGAGAAAUGACUUUCGGAACUACACGUGAGAAGAUGUUGGUAAUCGAAGAAUGCGCCAACACGCGGGCUGUCACUGUCUUCGUUAGAGGGAGCAACAAGAUGAUUAUCGACGAAGCAAAACGCUCCUUACACGAUGCCCUCUGCGUCGUACGCAACCUGGUCAGGGACAACCGUGUCGUCUACGGAGGUGGAGCUGCAGAAAUCUCUUGCUCUAUUGCCGUUGAAGAUGCUGCUGCCAAAUCUCCAGGUCUUGAACAGUACGCCAUGCGAGCCUUUGCCGACGCCCUCGACGCAAUUCCUAUGACACUGGCAGAGAACUCUGGGUUAAGCCCCAUUGAGACCUUGGCCGAAAUCAAAUCAAGACACAUCAAGGAGAAGAACUCGCGCUUAGGUGUCGAUUGUAUGGGAACUGGCACAAACGAUAUGAGAGCCAACUUUGUCAUCGAUCCUCUGAUUGGCAAGCGACAACAGCUCCUCCUUGCCACCCAGUUAUGCCGAAUGGUGUUGAAAAUCAACAAUGUGAUUGUAUCCGGAAACGACGAAAACGAUUUCUAGACCGCUUGCCGGUUGGGAGUAAUGAUACAAACUUGUUGCAGAAGAUGGCGUUUUCAUGGGCCAUGGAAGAGAGCCUUGCAUGAUAUAACGAGACCAUUUGUAUAAAACCGAUACCCGCCAAAGAAGGGAUAGAAUAGGCCAAAAGCUUAGCGAUCAUUGAGAAAAGCACGGUGUGCCUCGUUGCCUCGAAUA